UCAUAAUCAUGCUGCCGGAAGUAGCAGUAAUAUAGUAUGCAGUGUACAUGUGUGGGAUCCUGACCUGCCUGAACUAAAGCACGAAAGCAGCGGGAAUCAUCUGUAAACGAUGAAGCACGUGUUCCUGACUGGCGUUCCCGGUGUGGGUAAGACCACUCUGGUAAAGAAAGUGUGUGAGGCCGUGAUCUCCACCGGGGUCUCCGUCAGCGGAUUCUACACGGAGGAGGUCCGAGAGAGAGGCAGGAGAGUGGGCUUUGAUGUGGUCACGCUCACAGGUGAUAGAGGACGUCUGUCCAGGCUCAGCACUGAAUCCGCCGCAGGUGGACGUGAAUACAGGGUCGGACAGUACGCAGUCGAUCUUCAGUCAUUUGAGAGUCUCGCACUCCCUCUUUUCAGAAACAUGUGUGAGGGAAGCAAGAGGGUGUUUGUCAUCGAUGAGAUCGGGAAGAUGGAGCUGUUCAGCCAAGCGUUUAUCCGUGCGGUGAGACAGACUCUGGACGGCUCCAGCUGUUCAAUCCUGGGCACCAUCCCUGUUCCUAAAGGAAAACCUCUCACGCUGGUGGAGGAAGUGCGCAACAGACAGGACGUCAAGAUAUUUAUGGUCACAAAGGAAAACAGAGACACGAUCUUUGAUGACAUUGUGUCUGCUGUACAGGAGUGCCUGAAGUGAAUGAGGAGGAACUGAUAAGCUACUGAUAAUAUAUUUAAGUCAUUUUCAUUUUUGUUAGCCAACAAGCCCUUCGGGCGCUCCGUUCUUUCAAUAUGGUGCAGUGUGUCAUAUGUGUUAAAUACAUGCAUGUGAAUAAGCAUUUCUCUCUCAAACACGUCACAUAAUGGAUCGACCUCUGCAUUAUUGAUUCGGAGCGAGCGUCCUGGAGGAAGGGAGCGUGAGAGUCACGGAGACUGUGGAUGAAUGAUGCUUCAAUUCGAUAAAGAGGCCACUAAGGCGCCGACCUUUCCUCUUGCUGAGACGUGUGCUUCCUGUAUCUAUGUUUCCAAUUAAACAGGAAAAUAAAUUAAUAUUUGAGAGGAAAACACA